AUGUCGAAACCAACGUAUAACAUCGCCAUGGUCAGCGACUUCUUCUUCCCUGCGCCAGGAGGAGUCGAGAGUCACAUCUACCAGCUGUCACAGCGGCUGAUUGACCGAGGCCACAAGGUGGUGGUCAUCACCCACGCCUACAAGGACCGCACAGGGGUUCGCUACCUUACGAAUGGCCUCAAGGUCUACUACGUACCGUUCUGGGUCAUCUAUCGCGCUGCCACCCUGCCCACCGUGUUUUCCUUCUUCCCCAUGUUCCGAAACAUCAUCAUACGAGAGCAGAUCGACAUCGUGCACGGCCAUGGCUCUCUCAGCAGUCUGUGUUGGGAGGCUACACUGCAUGCCCGGACCAUGGGCAUCCGCACCGUCUUCACAGACCACUCCCUGUUUGGCUUUGCGGAUGCUGCCAGUAUCCUCACCAACAAGCUGCUCAAGUUCACUCUCAGUGAUGUUGAUCAUGUCAUAUGUGUGAGCAAUACAAGCAAGGAGAACACAGUUCUCCGUGCCUCCCUUGACCCCCUGAUGGUCUCUGUCAUCCCGAAUGCUGUCGUGGCAGACAACUUCAGACCUCUUGAUCACUCGUCCGAAGGUCCUGGGAAUGGUAAUUACACUAUUGAUCACUAUCCCGUCCCGGCUCAUCGGCUGCGGCCGCACGACACAGUCACCAUUGUUGUCAUCUCACGUCUGUUCUAUAACAAGGGGACCGACCUCCUCGUGGCUGCCAUUCCUCGCAUACUCGAGAACCACCCUAAUACACGGUUUAUCAUCGCCGGCGACGGACCCAAGGCUAUCGAUCUCGACCAGAUGAUCGAGCAGAAUGUCCUCCAGGACCGUGUGGAAAUGCUCGGCUCCGUCCGGCACGAGGAGGUCCGCGAUGUCAUGGUCAGGGGCCAUAUCUAUCUGCACCCUUCCCUCACCGAGGCUUUCGGCACCGUCAUUGUCGAAGCGGCCAGCUGCGGACUGUACGUCGUCUGCACCCAGGUCGGUGGUAUCCCUGAGGUAUUACCAGGGUACAUGACACAAUUCGCCAAGCCGGAGGAGGAUGACAUUGUUGCCGCCACGGGCAAGGCCAUUGCCGACAUCCGGGCCAACAAAGUACGCACAGAGCGGUUCCAUGACGAGAUCAAGAAGAUGUACUCUUGGACCGACAUCGCCAAGCGCACCGAGAGGGUCUACAAGGGCAUCUCGGGCGACAUUGACGAGUCCGAGUUCUACAAUGCGGCGAGCAUGGGCGCCACGGCCACCAGGGGCAGAGGCGGCGUCCAGAGGGACUUUGCGCUGAUCGAUCGACUCAAGCGCUACUACGGCUGCGGCAUCUGGGCUGGCAAGCUGUUCUGUCUGUGCGUUGUCAUUGAUUAUAUCUUUUUUCUUUUCCUCGAGUGGGUUGCACCCAGGGAGGACAUUGAUAUUGCUGCCGAGUGGCCCCGAAAGAUUCUGGUCGAGGACUCGAAGGAGAAGCCGAGGAAAGGUCGAUGA